AUGCGAUUCACUCUGUCUGUUCCCGCCUUCCUGGCUCUGGCCUCCACCGCCUUUGCCCAGACUCCCGACUUUGACCCCGUCAACAGCCCCAGCAACAACCAGGUCAUCACCGCUGGCCAGCCCUUCACCAUCCAGUGGGAGGCUCCCGCCAAGUACGCCGCCGGCACCAUCUCCAUCGAGCUGAUCGGCGGCGCCACCCAGGGCACCCAGGUUCCUCUCAGCACCAUCGCCACCGGCAUUGCCAACAGCGCUGGCUCCUUCGUCUGGAACGUCCCCGCCGACCUGGGCGCUGAUGCCUUCUACGGCUUCAUCGUCAAGUACGAGAGCAACCCCAGCGUCUUCCAGUACUCCAACCCCUUCCACGUCAAGGCUGGCUCUGCUCCUCCUGCCAAGGACACCACCACCGUCACCACCUCCACCGGUGUCAAGACCGUCUCUCUGGCCACCCAGUCCACCUCGGCUCCCUACUCUCCUCCCGUUGUGACCUCGGCUCCUUACUCUCCUCCCGCCGUCACCGACGUUACCGUCGUUCUCAACGCCACCACCACGGUUCCUUGCAACGGUACCGUUGCUCCUCCUACUCUGACCGCUCCCACCACUCUCCAGAGCGCCACCCGCCUGCCUGUUCCUCCUAGCUCCCCUGUCUGGGUUCCUCCCGGCCAGGCUGUUACCACCACCUGGGCUAUCGCUCCCUCUGGCACUGCUGCUCCCUCCAACCCUCCUGGCGUUCCUCUGCCUCCCCCCACCAACGCUGGUGCCCGUGUUGGCGGCAGCUCCUUCGCCCUGGUUGCUUCUCUGGUCGUGGCCUACUUCGCUCUGUAA